AGAAAAGGAAACCUACAUGGGUAUAUUAUUAUUAUUAUAGAAACAUAUAAAAACCUGGAAGUUUAGGCCGUGGGUCCUGAGAUGUCCCGGUACAGUACAUAAAAAGUUAACGAGCCCAACAAUCCUAAACUAACAAAUUGCGUGAUCUCAGAUUUCGGAUUUCAGCUUCCAACUUCACCGUCACUGUUCAACUUCGUGCUACGGACCUGUAGGGCAACUCCCGCCUCUUCGCUUGGCUUGUUUCUGUUGAUCAGUUUAUUCUCCAUUCGAUCUCCCACCAGAUUAUAAUGAUGAUCAUGACAAUUUUUUAAUCAGUUUUGAAGAGAAUGGUGCUGGUUUUAGCAAUAGGAGACCUUCACAUACCCCACAGGGCAGCUGAUCUGCCUCCGAAGUUCAAGUCCAUGCUUGUUCCUGGCAAGAUUCAACACAUCAUUUGUACUGGCAAUCUCUGCAUUAAAGAAGUACAUGAUUAUUUAAAAAGUCUUUGCCCGGAUUUGCAUAUUACUCAUGGUGAAUAUGAUGAAGAUUCACGUUAUCCAGAGACUAAAACCCUCACCAUUGGCCAAUUUAAGCUUGGAAUAUGCCAUGGUCACCAGGUCAUUCCAUGGGGCGACUUGGAUUCACUGGCAAUGUUACAAAGACAGCUGGAUGUUGAUAUCCUAGUAACUGGUCACACACAUCAGUUCAAAGCCUACAAACAUGAGGGUGGUGUGGUUAUAAAUCCCGGCUCAGCCACCGGUGCAUACAGUGGUUUUACUUAUGAUGUAAACCCAAGUUUUGUGCUCAUGGACAUUGAUGGCUUGCGUGUUGUGGUUUAUGUUUACGAACUAAUAGAUGGGGAAGUAAAGGUUGACAAAAUUGACUUUAAGAAGACAGCCACCACUCGCUCAUCACAUUGACCCAUGUUUAAUUAUUGUUUGCUUGUAGUUCCUUAAAUUUUAUUUUGUCGUGGGUCCUUAUAUGACUAUAGAGGUAGAAGGGUUGUAUGCACCAGUGGCUGUAUGCACUGUAUGCUAAAUCUAAACAGAAAAUAUACUGAGAUGAAUAAUUUUUUUUUCGUUUUUUUGAUAUGUUUCUGGUGGAAAUGGUAAGACUCACUUUUUUCA